UCUUUUAACGGCCAAACCGAAAAAAGCUGGCUAAUUUAUGACACACACACAUCCUCCAUCUCACUCUCAUAAGAAGUAUCGCCAAGCCAAACACAUAUAUAAACUCUCUUUUUCUUUUUGGACGAUCUCUACGAAGCUCCGUCGUUUUCUCUUAUUUCAUUUGCUGCUUAAUAAUCAUCUCCCCAUUCGCCUCUACUUCUUUCCUCAGAUCUUUCCUCCUUUUCCUAGCCCUCGCUAAAUCCCCUUUCAUUUUCCGACUAAUGUGGCAAUUUUUGGCGGUCACAGUAUCUGGAGCUAAAUUUGGGAAAAAGGAUUGAAGAUCUGAUUGGAGGAAUUUGGUUGAGAAUUCGGAGCGAUUAGUUUCGGAUUCAAAAGGAAUGGCUUCCAUAGCUCAUUCUUCAGUCGCAUUUAGUGGAACUUCGGCUUCGGAUCUUCUUCGGAGCUCGAGUAAUAGUGUGAAUGGCGUGCCAUUAAGAACCCUUGGGAGAGCCUGUUUCAGCACUAGAAGGGGGAAUAUCUCAGUUACAGCUAAGAUUAAGAAGGUGAAGAAGCACGACUAUCCAUGGCCAGAGAAUCCGGAUCCAAAUGUUAAAGGCGGAAUCCUUUUUCACCUAUCCAGUUUCAAGCCGCUGGAAGAGAAGCAGAAGCCCGUCACUUUGGAUUUUGAGAAGCCACUUCUCGAGCUCGAGAAGAAGAUCGUUGAUGUUCGGAAGAUGGCAGAUGAAACUGGGCUGGACUUCACCGAUCAGAUUGUUUCAUUAGAGAAUAAAUAUCAACAGGCUUUGAAGGAGUUAUACCUGAAUCUUACUCCCAUACAACGUGUGAAUAUUGCGCGGCACCCUAACAGGCCAACUUUUCUUGAUCACGUGUUUAGCAUUACUGACAAGUUUGUGGAGCUUCAUGGUGAUCGGGCAGGUUAUGAUGAUCCUGCUAUUGUUACUGGUAUAGGAACCAUAGAUGGUAAUAGGUACAUGUUCAUCGGUCACCAAAAGGGUAGAAACACAAAGGAAAACAUUCAGCGUAACUUUGGGAUGCCUACUCCUCAUGGUUACCGCAAAGCGCUGCGCAUGAUGCGUUAUGCAGAUCACCACAAGUUUCCUAUAAUAACUUUCAUCGACACCCCUGGCGCGUAUGCAGACCUUAAAUCUGAGGAACUAGGCCAAGGUGAAGCCAUUGCUCAGAAUUUGAGAACUAUGUUUGGUCUGAAAGUACCAAUUCUUUCUAUUGUCAUUGGAGAAGGUGGCUCUGGUGGGGCUCUUGCCAUCGGCUGUGCUAACAAAAUGUUAAUGCUUGAAAAUGCAGUUUUCUAUGUUGCCAGUCCAGAAGCAUGUGCAGCAAUCUUGUGGAAGACUGCCAAAGCUGCUCCAAAGGCGGCUGAGAAGCUGAGGAUUACUGCUCCAGAAUUGGUCAAUCUGCAGGUUGCAGAUGGUAUCAUACCUGAGCCACUUGGUGGUGCACAUGCAGAUCCCUCAUGGACCUCACAACAGAUAAAAAUUGCAAUUAAUGAAGCAAUGGAUGAACUUACCCAGAUGGAGACAGAAGAGCUAUUACAGCAUCGCAUGCUUAAGUACCGGAAAAUUGGAGGAGUUCAAGAAGGAAUCCCAAUAGAUCCAGAAAGGAAGUGGGCUGUGAAAAAGAAAGAUGUUCCUGAGAGGCGUUUGGACUUGGAGGUUGAUGUUGAAAAUGUGAAACAGCAAAUUUUGAAUGCUAGUGGAUCCUCCAGUGAGCCUCCAACAUUGAAUCUUAAUGAGACAAUAGAAAAACUGAAAAAGGACGUUGAUGAUGAGAUUUCCAUGGCAGUUAUAGCUCUGGGCCUGCAGGACAGGUUUUUGGCAUUGUGGGAGGAAAUUUUAAAUACAGGUUCAGAUGACCAACCUUUAGAUCCAGCUUUAGAAGAAAAGAUUCAAAAGCUCGAGGAUGAGUUUAGUGAGAAGCUGCCAACAUUUGCCAAUUAUGAAACCCUGAAGGAUAAUAUGGACAUGUUGAAGGAAUUAUAUAAAGCCCAGAACCUCGCAGAAAAAAAUCGAAUGGCUGCCUUAUUGAAGGAGGAAAUUAAUACAAAAUUUAAGGAGGUGUUGGAACGGCCGGAUAUAAAGGAGAAAUAUGAGUCACUGGCAGCGGAAGUUCAGAAUUCUGGAGUGACUAAAUUUGAGAAUUUGGAACCCCAGCUGAAAGAAAAAAUUUUAAAACUAAGGGAAGAGGUAGAAUUUGAGUUUGCUUUUGUUCUAGAUUGCUUAGGUUUGGAGAUUGAGGAAAUCCUACCAAAUCCAAGAUACCUAACUGAAGAACCAGCCCCCGAAUUGAAGGCUAAGCUAGAAGAAUUUGAGAAAGAAAUUAACCACGGGAUUGAAAAUGUUGUACACUCAUCAGAUCUGAAGGACAAAAUAGAGCUACUGAAGUCAGAAUUUGCAAAGGCAGUAGAUUCAACUGAUCCGGAGUCUGUAGAUCGAGUUUUGGCCUUGGAGAAGGAAAUUAAACAGAGUCUUGAAGCUUCCCUGGCUUCUUCAAACCUAAAAGAUAAGUAUGAGAAGCUGACAGAAGAGAUUUCUGAAAGAACCGAAUCAUCUGGAGAUUUAGAAACUGAAAACUCAGAGAAUGCUGCAACCGAUGAAGCAAGAGAAGAGAUAGGGGCAAAUCACACAUUGUCUUGAUCUGUUGUUGGCAGUGCCAUCGGUGAAGAACGUCUGAGACAGAUGGAGAUGAUUGAUAAGACAAAUUCAGAGUGCAAAGAUAUCCAGGAAAUACUUCUCAACGUAGAGUCGUUGAUACUGUCCUUUUAGCAUCCGUUGACAUGUCCAGUUAUGGUGCACAAGUUUUUGCAGUUGCAGGAACAAAUGGGAAAUAUAAGCAUAACUGCAAACUUUCCCGCCUGAGCUUUUCAACUUAAUUUAGAUUUUCUUAAUCUGUUAGAGUUCAUGUGCCUUUUUUGUUUUUGUUUUUUCGGGAUCUAGUGCUUUUUUCCUAUUGUUAGACGCUUGACACUUCCUAUUUAUCUUUCUAUUUAUAGACUCAGAAACGUUUUGUAUAGUUGUGUCAUGAGAGUUGAAUAACUUGCUUCCAAAAGUUCGUAGUAAUUUAUCUUUAGUUCAAUAAGUUUAUACAUGGGAGUUGAUUGAGCAUGGUGUAUGAAAUUUUAUAAUUUUCUAUAAUGAUAAUGAGUCAGUUAUUUUUAGCUA